CCAUCCUGAUGGUUUUCAUCUCUGAAGGGACCAGUGUUUAUGGUGGGUUUGUCGUAUUUGCUGUGCUCGGGUUCAUGGCCCAGCAGACAGGAAUGCACGUAUCGGAUGUCGUUACGUCAGGACCUGGUCUCGUGUUCAUGACCUACCCUGAAGCUCUCGCACAUCUCCCUAUUCCUAAUUUUUGGACAGUGCUAUUCUUUGUCAUGAUGGUUACAGUGGGCAUGGACAGCCAGUUAUCUUGUGUUGAGACCGUGAUAUCAGCUGUGUUGGACCAUUUCCCCGUGUUACGUCGAAGACGGGUCCUCGUUCAGGGUAUUGGUUGCUUUUUCUGGUACCUUUUAGGACUGAUACUGUGCACUCAAGGAGGAAUGUAUGUGUUUUUAGUAAUGGACUGGUAUGUAGCUAUGGCUGUUCCCUUAUUUGCCUUCAUCGAAUGUAUAAUCGUUGGAUGGAUAUAUGGAGCUGAACGUUUUUCCCGGGAUGCGGAGUUAAUGCUUGGACGUGGCAUUCCAGUCCUCAUGCGGAUCGCGAUUUGCUUCAUUGCCCCAAGUACACUUCUGAUAAUUGCUGUUUCAACCCUUACAACUUAUAAGGCUCCUGUAUAUGGUGAAUACCACUUUCCUCCAUAUAUCCACAUAGUUGGCCUGUUUUUUGGAUUAUUGCCAAUUACAUCCGUCAUUAUCGGAGCAGUUAAAGCAAUUCGGAGAUCCAAAGGAGAAACUUUCCUCAAGAGGCUUGUAAAUGCAAGUAAACCGUCAAUGAACUGGAAACCAGCCUCAUAUUUACACGCACGAGAGUAUACAUAUGAUGAAUUACGUGAAUAUAGAAGUAUUUUCAGCAGAAUAAAACUCAACAUUUUGGGACCAAAAAAUACGGAAAAGUGAAUGUUAUGUACAUCGCCUCUGCAGUAUCGACCAUACGAAGUAUCAGCAGAGAUUUGAAAUGAAUUGAUACCUUAAAUACGUGCAGCAGUUAAAAUCAAUAUUAAAUUUAGGAUAUGACUAUCAAAUAAUUCCUUCCAAAAUGGUUGAUUAUCAAAGUAUUGAUUUGGUGCCUUAAUGGUUUGGUUUUUUUGUUUAACGUCCUAUUAACAGCUAAGGUCAUUUAAGGACGGCCUCCCGUGCGUGCGACAUGUAUGCGUAUGGUGAGUGCGUAUGUGUGUUUUGGGAGGCUGCAGUAUGUUCGUGUUAAGUCUCCUUGUGAUAGGCCGGAACUUUAGGGCGAUACUAUAUCAUAAUCAGCUAUCAUGUUAUCUUAUACUCAUAAUACUCAUUAAAGGGCGAAGAAUUUCGAAGAUCAUUAACUGUUGAUAAACAAAAAUGCCCUGUUAGUUGGACGCAGUGAGUGUAGCAGCUAUCCCCAUUACAUGAUCGUAAGGGGCGACUAAAUUUGAGAUCUUAUCUUCUUUCUUAACAACCCUUCUUCUUCCUAAUGUCUUUGUGGAAAAUGCCUAUAUUUGGCUUUUAGUUGAGCGUUUGCCCAUGUGAUAUAACACUUUAUUUACUAGUUUAAUGUCCUCUCAACAUCUAUGGUCAUUUAAGGCUGGUCUCGCGUGCGUGCGAUGAGUGCGUAUGUAUGUUUCGGGAUGGAAAGAUUUCUUCUUAGGACACAAGUUUUACGCUCCUAAUCUCCUUUUUUUCCUCCUUUAUUGACUAAAUCUUUGUACUGGCCUUGAUGGUUUCCAAUUCUUUGGCAUUUUCUCAAAAUUUUUGGCGACAAAUUUCGUUGUCGCAGCAUCAAGUUCAUUAUUGCAAAUGUAAAUUUCUAUUGUGGUUUCCAAUGGAUAAUGUGAUAUAUUAGCAUACUAUUAUAGCUGUGGUACUGAUGUUUUGUAGAACAUAUCUGGUAGUUAAAUGUUGGGCUUGAUGCUUUAACAAGUAUUACCUUCAUGAAAAUUGCCAGUAUGAUUUGCCAUUUGUUUUUCUUCCUCAUUAGCUUUUUCCAAGACUGACUUCAGCACUUCUGCCCACUACAUAUUUCUGUCUCGCUCAAUGGUAUUAACAUGGCAAAAGUUCCGGCCUAUCAGAAGGAGACUUCACAAAAACAUA